AUGUGGCUUGGAUUGUAUAGUGGUGCCCCUGUAAAAGCGGCUGACAUCCUUUUGCCUGUGAAGGCUGCCGUGCCCCAGUCCAGCCCCAGCAGCACUUCUGGCAAUGUGGCAUUUUGUGUUUAUGACAUGGGAUCAAACAACAAGGAAACGAGAAUGGGUUCCCAGCGAGCGCUUCCUGAGGGGAGCCUUACUGAGGAAGUCUACAACUUAAUAAAGAAGCAGCAUUUUGAGGAAGCUGGGAUAAUUGUCAAGCGUCUUUUACAGCGCUUUUAUCCGUCAGAAGACAAAGAAUUGCAUCAUCCUCUGUUGGAGUUGCUGGGAUACUGCUUAUAUAUGAUGAAGGAUUUUGAAGGGGCAGCACAGGUCUAUAAGAGGUUGCACGAAGCAUUUCCAGACUCUGCAGAAUACAAAGUGGAGGCGGCAAACAUUUGCUGUGCAGCAGAUAUCGCUAGAAAUCAUAUAAAUCCUGCAAAGGAUUAUCUGUGUUUGCUAUCUCUUAGCGCCACUGACAGAGCAGAUUGCGUGAGUUUGCACAAUAAGGCGCUAACAAUUGCUAGCUCUGAUCCGAAAGAGUCCAUCAGAAUGCUUGCAAAGCUCCUUGAACAGCCUUCAUGCCCGCCUACAACCAUACGCAACCUCCUUAUUCUCUAUUGCAAACAUGGAUACGUUGACGCAGCUGAAGAGCUUCUGACCGCUUGCAGCGAUUUUCCCUUGCAAGAACUAAGUGAGUAUGAGGCAGGAUUUCUGAAAAGCAUUAUCUUGGUUAUAAUGUCGCUUGCCAACUUCUACUGCAGAACAGGAGAGCUCUUCAAAGCGGAGCUCCUGCUUCGUCGUUAUGGAGACCUUUGCAGCGACCUUACUUGCUGGCGCAUCAACAUGGGGCAUAUUCUCUUCAUGCAAAAGAAGUAUGCCACUUGCCUUGCUUUCUAUGCACCAAGCAUCCGGUCUGCUGCAUGCAAGGAGCCAUUACAGUGGUGGGAAAUCACUGUCAUGGCCAACGCAUUGGCUGCAAACAUUAUUUUGGGUAACCUAGAUGAAGCACAGCAACUUCUAAACGUGCUGAAUGCCGGAGUUGAACCAACUGCUACUGAGGCAAUAACCGAAUUUCAAUGUAACAAUUCUAUUCCUAAUUCUUGCAUUGCCAAGCUGAUUAUUGGAACGCUGUACUGCGCUGAAAAGUGUUACGACUAUGGCAUUAAGGCUGUGAUAGACAGCCUGGAGCCGUUGGAAAAAGCCUUCAAUACAGAAACAUGGUAUGUUUCGCAGUGCUGUUUCUGUCAGUUCACGAGAGACUAA